AGUCAGUCUUGCCUAGUUCGAGUUCACCACACACACACACACACAAACCCGCCUCUUCCACUUCCUCUCCAGCUUCCACUUCCACUUACUUCCCUCACCCUUCCACUACUAAAUACCCCCGCCUAGCCCAGCCAGCCUCCCUCGUCAGCGAUUUAGUGGAGAUCUAUUCAUAGCCCCCUCCCCCCCAAAUAGCCCUUUUACCGCUCAAUUCUUCUUAUCUGUCUCGUUUCCUUCUCCCUCCCCAAGUUCCUUUCUUCAUCUAGUCCCAUAGCCACUCGAUCCCAUCGAGUUGUCCAUAAGCCCAUCGCCGUUACUCAAUAAUUACCACACAUAAUCUAUUCAUCCCCCAUGGCUCCUCCACCCCCUUCAAAUUUGCCUUUGCCCGAGAGGCUCAAGGCUCUUGCUCAGACGUUGCAAUUCGCCUGGUUUGUUGGACAUGUGACAUUGUUACUCUCUGUCCUACGCUAUUUCGUGUCUUACAUCACAUUCAACUAUUACUCCAACUCGGCCCAAGUCUCUUACCGCCUGGCAUUCUUGUCGGCUGCUGCGACAUACGGAAUUGUUGUGUACAAGGGCCAUAUCGCUCGCGGCCGGCUCCAGGGCGGGCUCCCUAACAUUGCGAUCAAGCUUGCUGGCGAUGAGAAUGUCCAGUACCUUGGCACUGCGCUGGUGUGGCUCUACUCGCGCCAGGUGUCGCUCGCUCUGCUUCCAUUCAGCGUUUAUUCCGUCUUCCACGUUGCGACCUACACUCGUGCUCACCUGAUCCCUACCCUCCAGGGCCCUCAGGCCGCUGGCGCUCCGGGAUCUCCCUCCUCUCCCGGUUCGCCCAGGCCUGCAGUUAGACAAUCUCCCUUGGCGGAAACUAUUGGCCGCUUCGUGAAACAGUACUACGAUGCCAGCAUGGAUCUUGUGGCGCACCUCGAGAUGGCGUUGUUGUUCCGCCUGGCCGUCGCCGUUCUCACUUUCUCGAAGGGCAGCAUUGUCCUUUUCGCUAUCUACUUGGCUUUCUUCCGUGCGAGAUACUCCCAGAGCUCCUUUGUCCAGAGCUCCGUCCGCCACUUCACUGCUCGAGUCGACGCCUCGGUUUCCCACCAGAGCACCCCACCCGCCGUUCGCCAGGGAUGGGAGUCUUUUAAGGCUUUUGUGCGCCAAGCCUACGAGGCCACCGAUCUCGGCCGCUUGAGCGGAGCGACCGCUAAGAAGCCCCAAUAAAUUGCCCAUCCGCUCUCAAUAGAGGCGACUCGCGGAAGCUGGAUAGAUGUGAUAAAAUUGAACCCUGCGGCCAAUCUGCGCCUGAGAGGGACUGUCGGCUCUGAUUAUCGACUAUUGCGUCUGAUGAAGAUUGAAUGAGCCAAUGACCAUUUUCUUUGACUGCGUUCCGGGGUUGAUGGUCGCUUUUGAGAUUUGGAAACUGUGGAUGGUAUUUGAGGUAUUGAAGGGUGGAGAAAAGGAAGGAUAUGUAGC